GAUUCAUUCGCGAGUCGGACAUCACUAUUAGCAACCAUCUGCCGCGUCCUUCGUGGAGCUGCAGUUCGUAUUUUGAGCCACAGUUAUAUUAAUUUUACACAUUAUGGCUUUAAAUACGACCGCGGUGUUAUGAGGAAGAUGGCACCGAGGAAGAAGGGACCGCUGCAAACGGUGCAAAAGGAAGGAGACGACAUUAAAAGAAAGGUGGACGCUUUGACGCAGGAUGUGACCAAGCUGGACAUAUCAGACAGAACAGAGACGUUACGGAGGUGCACGGAUCUGCAAAACACAGUGGCGGAAACGUUAAAGAGGCUCAACAAAUUAACAAAAGCGGAUGAGUCAGCUCCAAUAGGGAACUACGACCAGCGUAAAAGGGAUGAAGAGGAGCGUCUUAGGAUUCUUCAGGACAGGCUGAAGACUCUAACUCUACAGCUCCAGCCUCAGGAGAAGGAUGCAGGCCACAGCUCGUCGGAGGCUGAGGAGGACAGCGCAGAGGAGGUCAGUGAAGAAGAGGAUGACAGCCAGGUUGGGGAGGUGGAGGAGGAGGAAGAUGUUGCAGAGGAUGAUAAUGUUAAUGAUGAAGAUGAUGAUGAAGCUGAUCACAAAGUUAAAGAGGAUGUGAUGUCCACUACCAAGGGUGCUGGGACCUAUGUGGCUCUCAGUGCGUUCACAGGAGAGGAGGAAGGAGAUCUUACUAUACAGAAAGGGGCUGUUCUGAAAAUCCUUCAGAAGAAUGAGGACGGCUGGUGGCUUGCCCAAGACUCUAAAGGAAACAAGGGUCUGGUGCCUAGAAACUACCUCAAGAUGAUUUCCCUGCUGGAGCAGGAGAGUGAGGAUGAGGAUAAUAGUGAAGAAGAGCAGGAUGGUGAAAAUGAGACGGCUAAAAGCAGGCCAAGCACUUCAUCCAAUUGGGAUACCGUCCGAGAGGCCAUUACAGAGAUUGAUGCUACAGAUGUGCUGUCCGCUAUGGGAGCCAUUCCUCCAGGCUUUCGACCCUCAACUCUUUCCAGACUGCUGGAGGAAGGGACUUCAUACAGAGCCAGUCAUUACAUUCAGCCCAAACUCGGCCAAUCAGAGCUCUGCUUCAAAGACCUCCAGCUGGACCCAGACUCUGGCAAGGUUCACGCUCGUUUGUCUCGAGUGUGUUUAACCCUGACUCUGUGGAGCUGCAGAAUGAUCCCUCCUCCAGGGGUGGGGCUACAGGUUCUCAGUCGACACGUCCGUCUGUGCGCUUUUAACGGAACUGAGGUCUUGAGUAAUAUACACACAGUCAGAGUCACUUACAAUCCAAGCAGUCCAAAAACAUGGAGCUUCUCUCCAAGGAUGAGCAGUUUGCUGCCCUGUCUACUGGACGGCGAUUGUUUUUUCCACUGUGAUUCAGACUCUCCUGACCUGGGCAUUCUCUUCGAGCUGGGCAUCACCUACAUCAGAAAUUCCACAGGAGAGAGAGGUGAUCUGAGCUGUGGCUGGGCCUUCCUCAAACUUUUUGAUGAAAACGGAGCACUUAUACCUCUACGAACACAAGAGCUCGCUGUGCAUGGAGGGACUCCAUAUGAAGGCAAGGCUGAUAUAGAUGCCACAUCUACUAAACGAGGCUCUAGCAGUGGAGUGCUUCAGCAAAUGCUGAUGUCCAGGAAACAACCCAAACUGAUCGUCAAGCUCAGAUCCCCAAACACACGCACCAGAGAACAGCUCAACUUGCUGCCUGACACUAUAAUAGGCUACCUGUCCACAGUCCGCCUGCUGGCUCUGUACAGACAGUUGCUUGCUGAUGCCCUACUGUUGGAACGGGUCACUAUGCAGAAUGCAGAUCUGAUCUGCAGUGCAGUUCUAGCUACUUUCCCUGAGGUUCUUGAUCAUCCUGACCUGAUGGAUGCUUUCAAGAAUUCAUGGGUGGUGUCACAAAACAACCUGAAGAGGUCUGACAAGAAGGACAUUACAGCACUGAAGAAGCUGUUUGAGAAUGUUUAUAUGAGCAGUGUAUUCCCACUACUGUACUCAGCUGAGAUGCCAGCACCUCUGUGGGCGGAUGAGAGCACAGAGACUCAACGCGCCCGUCUCAUUUACAGCCCCAUCCACAAGAUCACAAUGGAAACCAUGCUAUCCCCCAAUCACCCUCACCAGGCAUUUGACAUCUCUCAGGUCACCUAUGACCUCCUGAACUCUGCCUGGCACUAACGCUAUACCAAAGUAUACCAAUCAGCACUAAACACUGGGCUAAAUGGGCAUCAACUCAUUUAGCCAACUGACCAUUCAUGAGAAAGGAAAAUGGAAUAUUGAGGACUUUUUUCAUAUUUUGUAUGUAAAUACUAACAAAGAUUCAAUAGCAAUAAAAUAUACAAAGAGAUGAA